GCGGCCCUGCCUUCCGGGUCGGCAGCUGGUGCAGCAGGGCCAGAGCAGCCUCCUUGCAGCCUCUGGGGUCUGAGCUGCUUGCCCAUCAUGUCCGUCCAGUUGCCCUAGUGACUGUGUGACCCUUCUCCCCCGCCCUGCGCUGCCACCCACCCUAUAAAUAGAGGCGAGGAGCAGCUGGGCUCUCUUGGCAGUCACGAUGAAGGCGCUGGUCCUGCUCUGCUGCUUCGUGGCCUCGCUUCUGCUCCCAGGACAAGCAGAACUGCAAGUUUCCGCUUCGGGUGGCACAGAAGAUGUUGGCAGUUUGUUGGAGAAUCAUUUCUCUGCUGGAGACGCAAGUCUAGAGGAGAAGGAAAGGGCGCUUCAGGCAGAAGCGGCCCCUGGAGAGACGAACCUGCUCCUUCACCCCACAGAUGGCAGAGAGGCUGGGGGUUCGGAGAAGACAGCCGCCGGGGCCCCCGCCACCAACGGCCUGGGCUCUGAUCCCGAAGCCAGCCUCUCCAAAGCCUCAGCCUCCGAGUCAGCUCCCCCCGGGGAACCUGCGAGGUCCGGGGAGGAAGAUACGGGCCCACCUGGAGCAAGCGCCCUUCCCCCAGCAGGGGAGGGGGCGCCAGAGCUCAGCUCCGGAGAGGGCCCAGGACAGGAGGCGGAGGGACAAGCUGGGAGUGGCGAGGUCCCCGAGGAAGCCGCGGAGGCUCUAGGGGACGACCCCGCGCAGGGAGCAGCAGCAGGGCCCCCAGAGCCUGAAGACUCAGGGGACUCUCCCAGCAAGGAGGUCGAGACAGGAGGGGAGGGCAGCCCAGGGCCGGGUCAGGAGCCGGAAUUGCCAGAUGGAGUAGCGGACUUGAACGCAGAAGCCGCGGAGGGGGCGGAGGACCAGGGGGAGCCCAGCCCCGGCCCAGCGUCGGACGCGCGCGCAGAGGUGGGGGGCGCGCAGGAGGACCGCCCCGCAGAGGGGAUGCCCGAGGACCAUGAGGACGCGGCAUCCUACGAAGAAGAGGGGGGCGAAGAAUCCGAAGAGGACAGCAGCGACGGGACUAGUUCGGAAGAAGCAGGGAGCGCCUCGGAGGAGGAAGAAGCCAUGGAGGAAGGCGGGGAAGGAGCCCAGGAGGCGGCGGGAAGCGCGAGCAGCGGGGAGGAGGGGGCCCGACCAAGCGCUGAGGAGUCGCACGCGGGGCCCGAGGGGGCCGAGGCGCAGGAGCCCAAGGAGGAGGGGCCUCAGGAAGAGGCGGAAGAUGUGAGUGAGGAAGCCCCGCUGAGGGACCGCUCCCACAUUGAGAAAACUCUGAUGCUGAAUGAGGACAAGCCAACUGAUGAUUUCUCUGUGGUGCUGCAGCGGCUUCGAAAGAUCUACCACUCAUCCAUCAAGCCCCUGGAGCAGUCUUACAAAUACAAUGAGCUUCGGCAGCACGAGAUCACAGAUGGGGAAAUCACAUCCAAGCCAAUGGUGCUGUUCCUGGGACCGUGGAGUGUUGGCAAAUCCACCAUGAUAAACUAUCUCCUUGGGCUGGAAAACACUCGCUACCAGCUCUAUACAGGUGCUGAGCCCACCACCUCCGAGUUCACGGUCCUCAUGCACGGGCCCAAGCUGAAGACCAUCGAGGGUAUCGUCAUGGCUGCUGACAGUGCCCGGUCAUUCUCGCCCCUUGAGAAGUUUGGCCAGAAUUUUCUGGAGAAGCUGAUCGGCAUUGAGGUUCCCCACAAACUUCUGGAGCGGGUCACAUUUGUGGAUACACCAGGCAUCAUCGAGAACCGCAAGCAACAAGAAAGAGGUUACCCGUUCAACGACGUGUGCCAGUGGUUCAUCGACAGAGCGGAUCUCAUCUUUGUUGUCUUUGACCCAACCAAGCUGGACGUGGGUCUGGAGCUGGAGAUGCUCUUCCGCCAGCUGAAGGGGCGUGAGUCCCAGAUAAGGAUCAUCCUGAACAAAGCUGACAACCUGGCCAUGCAGAUGCUCAUGAGGGUCUAUGGGGCCCUCUUCUGGAGCCUGGCCCCGCUCAUCAACGUCACGGAGCCCCCAAGGGUGUACGUCAGCUCUUUCUGGCCAUAUGACUACAAGCCCGACACCCACUGGGACCUGUUUCUCAGGGAAGAGAUCUCCCUCCUGGAAGACCUGAAUCAGGUGAUUGAGAACAGGCUGGAGAACAAGAUUGCCUUCAUCCGCCAGCAUGCCAUCCGGGUCCGCAUUCACGCCCUCCUGGUCGACCGCUACCUGCAGACGUACAAGGACAAAAUGACCUUCUUCAGUGAUGGGGAACUGGUCUUUAAGGACAUCGUGGAAGACCCUGAUAAAUUCUACAUCUUCAAGACCAUCCUGGCAAAGACCAAUGUCAGCAAAUUUGACCUUCCCAACCGCGAGGCCUAUAAGGACUUCUUUGGCAUCAACCCCAUCUCCAGUUUCAAGCUCCUGUCCCAGCAGUGUUCCUACAUGGGAGGUUGCUUUCUGGAUAAGAUUGAGCGGGCCAUCACCCAGGAGCUCCCCAGCCUCCUGGGAAGCCUUGGGCUGGGGAAGAAUCCAGGUGCUCUCAACUGUGACAAAACAGGGUGUGGCGAAACCCCAAAGAAUCGCUAUAGGAAACCCUAGGUUGCUGUGUCGCCAUUCUCAGGCUCCUGUUGGUGAAUGAGCUUGUGUCCUAACUGUCUGAGAAGUCCUGGUUUAUUAACCCUUUGAGCCACACUGGCAGGAACCGUUACGCAUUGGAGAUUCGGGAGUUAAUUGAGGCCAGUUGGUGGGGUAAGGUGUGGGUCGAGGGGGGAGAGUGGAAACUGUGAAUUAUGGCAUGCUUGUCUUGUUGCUUCAAUUAGGGACCUGACUUUGGCACGUCAGGCCACACCUACUUUUCCUGGAUCCCCUCUUGGAGGGACAGAGAGCAGCUAAAUUCUAGUGUAAACUGGAUUAACGAGCAUCACAUGAGCUAAAAGCAGCUGAAAUUCCUUUUUUCCUGAUAAGCUGGGAAACUAGAGGAGAUUUGAGUUCCGUAGGGCUGUCUGCUCUGUCCACGUGGCUGCCUUCCACACACAGUCUUCUGUUUGUCCCCAGCCCUCGGCUGGCUCCUGAGCUUGGGUUGGCUUCAACAGGAGACAGUCUCUCAGGGUCUGAAUCAACCUGGGUGUUGAGCCUACCCCCAGGCCUCUCCCCUGUUCCCCCAAGGGGUGUGGAAUGAUUCAGAAUACCAGAAUGCUAAGAGAGAACAAGAGUUCCCGGCUAGAAGGAUCUGCCUCCCCCAGGCCAUUUCUCUGGCAUUGUUUUCUAAGCCAGCCAGGAAGCUCAGUCCCUUCCUUGGCCCCAAGAGGAGGGUGACUGUUCCAUGCAUUCGGGUUAUUUACUUGUUGGAAGUGACUUCAGUGAAAGUCCCGGCAGGGCUCAGAGGGUUAAUUGGUUUGCAGUGUGUCUUUGUCUAUUGCAUGUCUUGGAAAACUCAGACCCCAAAGGCUUUGGGUUUCACAGGGGACAGUGGAGAGCUUCUUGCUGUUGCCACAGCUUCUACGUGGAGACACUUGGCAGAAGAUUCGUUCCUUCCUGGUUUUCAUCACAUGGCUUUUCCUUUCCCUUCUUCUCCAUUCCCUGAUGCGCUGACACUUGAAACUCGGAGCAAUUUCCCAGGAGUCAGAACCAGCACCAGCCACUUGGUGCUGGUGGCAACCUAGGCCUGACCUUCAGUUUCCCACCUGAACUUGAUGCCGAUACCCACCGAGCGCACAUGGUAGGGGAGCCUGGCCUUCAAAUACCAAUGAGUGUGAAUGUGUGUGUAUUACAUUGUCCAAGAGAGAUUAGAGAGAUAACAGAUGCCUGAGGGCACAGAGGAGGAGCUAGCUAUGAGAGUCAUGCCUUCCUGGCUGAGGGCAAUGGGGUUGGGGGAUGGAAGGAAGAGCCUGGAGGGGAUAAGCCUCUUGAUGGUAAGUGGGUGGGUGAAGAGUCUAAGUCCAGGAGACCCCGGCCUGGCCUGGCCUGGCUGCCCUGAGGGCCUCCUUCUGGCGUGUGACAACUGAGCCCGCCCCUCCUGGGAGUGACCUGUCUCAGGGGACUUCACCAGGAGGACCCACCAUCACCAGGGGGUCACCCGGACCAGAAGGACAGUGAAGAUGAAGCAGAGGGAGAGGUGCCCUGAGGAUUAGGCAGAGGAGGCAAAUUGGUGAUCAGAUUAGGCCCACAUGGAGAACUGCAAUCCCGGAAUUCCCGUUUCUCAGUAUGAUUAGCACUCCAGCGAGUGGUGCAUCAAAGGCUGCCUCUUUUGGCUCUUUGGAGGACCUGGGACCUCCCACAACAAGACCAGAGGCCCCACUGCCACCAGGACGUUGUUUCUAAGGACAGAGGCAACCAGAGAAGCAAAGUCUGCCAGGGGCAUCCAAGGAGCCUGAUGACCAGCACCUGGGGAGCUGCUUCCUUCUCAUUAAAAAACAGCCCUGGCUUCAUCUCCCAUCCUUUGCACUCUCAAGGGGCUGCCUUCCCACUUUGCUCCUUAAUGCCCCUUCCUGCCCUUGGCUACUCUUGGCAUAUCUGUUUUUCCCAGUGAAGAAGGGGAAGAAAAAGUGGAGAACUGGGCAUUGUCAUAGCUGCUGAGGUCACCACUGCUUUGGGGGAAGCAGCUGAAAUGAGACAAACACAUUCAUACAAUAUUUAUAUUUUCUCGGGGGGGGCGACAUCAUCAGCGAUCUUUCCCCCCUUUUCUUUUCUCCAUCCAGCUAACUUUUCUUACUCCUUCUGGUCCUCUGUUCACCCCUUGACUUCCCUUCUUUCUAACUUCCCGCAGGUUUGUCAACCAGCUGGGGCUUUAAGUGCUGUUUUGUGCCCCGCUCUGUGGAGGUGGAUUUCCAGCAGAAUUCUGACUCUUUGGGUGGGGGUGGGGGAUAGUGGGGAACUGGGGGGGAUUCGGAAUCCAGAGAUUCCCGCAGGAGGAGUAUCUAUGAACGUUUGUGCCUGAACAGUUGCUGUUUCUCUCCGAAGCAGAACCUUUCCAGUGCUCUUUCCAUUCUGAGUUCAUCAGGUAGAAAGUCUCAAUAAAGUUCCAAUCUCUCUUUAA